GGGACACAGACCGCUAUUCUCAGACCCCCGGAGCUGGAGACGAAACAGUGUGGCCUUAUAAAAGGGACUGAUCGCAGCGACAGGGUUCACAUUUGAAGGUGAAGCCCUGGGUGGUUGUGUGUCGGGGGGCACGUCUUGGAUGUAAACCAGUGUCCCGGGGAAAUAAAACGUCACGUACAGUAGCUGCGAGGUGACAGCAGACCGGCUUCCUCAGCUUCUCAAAGUGGCAUGUUAUGUCUAGAGCGACGCGUCAGCCACACGGAGACGACAACAUGAAGAUGACAUCCCUCCUGCUCAUCGCUUGCUCCUGCCUGAUCGUGGGGAGUGCGGGGAGGCCGCAAUUCCCUGAAAAAGAGAAGGAUCCCAAGUUUUGGAACGCUGGGGCCCAGACGACCCUGAAGAACGCCCUGACGCUGCAAGCUCUCAAUAAAAACAAAGCACAGAAUCUCAUCCUCUUCCUUGGAGAUGGGAUGGGCGUUCCCACUGUGACGGCUGCUCGUAUACUGAAGGGUCAGCUGAGCGGACAUAGUGGAGAGGAGACGCAGCUGGAGAUGGACAAGUUCCCCUUUGUGUCUCUGGCCAAGACAUACAACACUAACGCUCAGGUGCCAGACAGCGCCGGCACUGCCACAGCGUACCUCUGCGGGGUCAAGGCCAACGAGGGCACGGUUGGAGUGAGCGCAGCUGCUGUCCGUUCCCAGUGUAACACCACAGAGGGCAACGAGGUUACCUCCAUCCUCCGAUGGGCGAAGGAUGCAGGCAAGUCAGUGGGAAUAGUGACGACAACCCGCGUCAACCAUGCGACGCCCAGUGCUGCCUACGCCCACAGCGUGGACAGAGACUGGUACUCCGACAAUGAGAUGCCAGCUGAAGCACUGCAGGCCGGCUGCAAGGAUAUCGCCAGGCAACUCUUUGAAAAUAUUCCCAACAUUGAUGUGAUUAUGGGUGGAGGAAGGAAGUAUAUGUUCCCUAAAAACAAGUCGGAUGUAGAGUACCCUAGCGUGGCGAAACACAGCGGCACACGAAAAGACGGAAGAGACCUGGUGCAGGAGUGGAUUGACAAAACAAAGGAUAAAAAAGGCCAUUAUGUAUGGAACAAGAAGCAGCUCUUAUCACUAAACCCUAACAACGUGGAUUACUUACUGGGCCUAUUUGAACCUGGGGAUUUGCCGUAUGACUUGGAGAGGAACAGUGAGACUGAUCCUUCGCUGACAGAGAUGGUGGAAGUGGCCAUCAAGAUCCUGAAAAAGAACCCCAGUGGAUUUUAUCUGCUUGUAGAAGGCGGACGCAUUGACCACGGACACCAUGAGGGCAAGGCCAAGCAAGCUCUACAUGAAGCUGUGGAAAUGGACAGAGCUAUUGGCCGGGCAGGUCUAUUGACCAGCAGCCACGAUACACUGACUAUAGUUACUGCUGACCAUUCUCAUAUGUUCAACUUCGGAGGCUACACACCCAGGGGAAACACAAUAUUUGGUCUGGCCCCAAUGUUGAGUGAUGUUGACCAGAAACCCUUCACCUCAAUCCUAUACGGGAAUGGACCAGGUUACAAAGUUGUUAAUGGAGCAAGAGAGAAUGUCUCAACUAUUGACUACCAGGAAAACAACUACCAGGCCCAGGCAGCUGUACCUCUGAGCAUGGAGACUCAUGGAGGAGAGGAUGUGGCUGUGUUUGCUAAAGGUCCCAUGGCUCAUUUGCUACAUGGGGUCCAUGAGCAGAACUACAUACCCCAUGUAAUGGCAUAUGCAGGCUGUAUCGGCCAGAACAGGGAACACUGUUUGUCAAGAAGUGGGACUGCCGGUCUGCACCCCGUCCUGUCCACCAUCGCAACCCUUCUCACAGUCACCCGACUUCUGUGCUGACCUUCCUCUUGAACGUCGUCAUCCGCUGUUUUAACAGUCACAGUUUGAAAUUUCUAUUUGUUGUUUUUUUUUUUUUUUUAAAUGUUCAAGUUUUACUCGUCACUAUUUUGCUAAUGGGACCACUGUUUGGGACUGUUACGUGUUACGUGUUACGUGAUGAUUAAUGGACAGAUGUAUCAGUUUUAGUCUAUUUAAGCAAAUGUUACAAAAUAAUCAAAUGCCCCUGAUGCACUGAAAUGAGGAGAUUUGUUGCAGAAUUCAUCACAAAAUCAGAGAUAUCAGUUGUGAUUUGCCUAUUGAAUAGUUUAUAUUAAAGGUGUUGGGACCUGUUGAGCCUCUUUGUUAAAUGUAAAACUUUUUAAGUUGAAUAGAUAGAUUGGAUUUACCAAUGUUUGAAUAUGUUUCAUUUCUUAAAUGUGCAGUUAACAGAAUCUACCUCACUAGCUUAAAAAAAAAAUCUCUCGUGUAAUCAUGGUGUGUUCAGAGGGACACAUUUUCGAUGGACAAAUUUAAUGCCGAAAACCAGAGGCGACUGAAUGUAUGAUUGACAAAAGAGUAAAAGAUAUAUAAUUCUUGUCAUACAUUUUGUGCAUAUUUGCAAAAAGCAUUGAAGAAGCCCACUUGUCAUUGUUGUGUCCAAUAACCGAAGUUGUAAAACCUCUUAACCAAUAAAGGAAAUGUGCUUGUUUCCUGGUAA